UAUCGACAAAUAAGAACGCAAAAUUUUACGCCGUGAGACGUUGAGCAUGUCAUGAAAAAACUAUCAUAAACAAUUGUGCAAUUCUAAAACAAAACGGUUUAAACAAAAAAUGCCACAUCGUGAUAUAAGCCCCUUCCUGCAACGUUUCCGCAAUUUUCUAGCUGGUCGUGAACUAAUAAAGCGACAUCGAUUUGAAGAUACAGUUUCCCCAAGGACACAACCGGACCCAAACUUGCCAGCACCUACCACCGAAAUCCCACUUCCAGGAAGUCAACAAAUGGACUCUGGGGAGCAACCACAAGAAAAGCAACAACUGGACGGCUCGGUAGAGCGUUCCGCAUGUCAAAUAGAAGGAAAGGCAAACGGAUCAGACGGUGCUCGGGCGAAAUUGCCACUCCCCGGGAGAAUAUAUCGUUGGGAUUAAUGAAAAAAGUAGAUAAAUUUUCAAAAUUCCUUUUUUUCUUGAUUCUAUUAUAUUGGUUUCGCGUAUCAUUAUAGUUUCUCAUCUUUAUUUAUAAUUUAAAACAAAUAAAGUCUUAAAAUUA